CUUGGCAUGACGGGCACAAAGCCUCAACUCUACAACGGCCUUGCACUUUUGUUCACCUUCUUCAGCUGCCGUCUCGUCUAUGGAACUUACCAGUCUGUCAUGGUCUUUAAAGAUAUCUGGGCAGCAAUGAACACGUUUCCUGGACUUGAGCUGCUGGAGGGGGCAAGUAACUUGCCGGGCAGCAAUAUCCCGUUGUCCGACGCCAUGAGAUUUUUGACGACCUCAUCAACAGUUCCGACGUGGCUGGCAGCAGCGUAUCUUAUCAGUAACCUAACGUUGAAUGGACUCAACUUUUACUGGUUUGUCAUGAUGAUCCGCGCGGUACGCAAGCGGUUCCAGCCAAGUAGGCCAGUGGGUGGUCAGGAGAAGCAAGCUCAAGCUGUACUGCACGCCGCAGACAGCGCACCAGGUACUGCAUCAGUGCGACCACGGAGAAGGAAAGCCUGAUCCCAGCAUAGGAAGCGUGUUUCCAAUGUCAGGAAGACGACGUAUUGCUAGAUGGGACGAUCUAGUGAAGUCGCUGUAUGAGCGGGGCAGGUAUUAUUUGAACAACCAGGUUCAGGCAUGAUCAGGUGUUUCUUGAGUUGAGAGCGCCCCAACAUCCACAUUGCUCUUAAUACUGGUGCGGAGACCUUGUCACUUGAGAGGUGGGAUACAUUGGCCGGAUGCUUUUUUCUAGCAGUCGUAUUUAUUAAAUAGAGCGAAGCAAAACACAUUGGAAACGC